AUGGAAAAGGACAUCUGCUAUCGAAAACGAAGGAGUGGAAAAGUCGUCUACGAUGAUUGCGUACUCGAGGACUCGUUGUCCCAAGGUGACUGGCACAUCGAGGAGGACCCAAACGUGGACUACGAGAGACUCAGAGAAUUGGUUGAUCCGAAUACGUCGUACAUUGAGCGGUUAGUAGCAAACACUAGCUGCAGAAUAGCGUUGCAGGAGGAUCCUCCGAAAUACAGGCAGAAGAAGAUUCUGGAAGCAGCACAAAGAAAAACGAGUCUAAAGAAGUGCCGCACGGAUCUCCGCGAAUAA